ACCGCACGCUGGUGAAAUUUGCAGUCAUGUUUAUGUCCUGUGUGUUUAUGCAAUGUCCAGUUUAAGGCUACAUUAACAACAUUCGUCGAGGUUUAUUUUUAAGUAAAUAUUUCGGACGUUACGUCAGCCAUACUCCUGGAUGAUGCUGACCGUCGCUCGGUUGUUUCGGUGUUAUCAUCGGUUUUCAUCCCAGUCCAGACUCUGCGCCGCGUUUCCCUGUCAUCCUCCAGCAACACCCAUCACCACAGCAAGGAGGACUAGUGUUAUUACUCCACUGUACCCGCGUAGUUUUCACAUACUGCCCCCGAAUGACAGAUAUGGAUCUUGUUUCAGCAGGUCUAGAGGACUGUCCACUUCGCCAUGUUUGAGAAAUGACGCCAUUGGAAAACUUCAGACAACACAUUAUCAGCUCGUGUACACAUGCAAGGUUUGCUCCACGAGAUCCAUGAAGAAAAUCUCCAAACUCGCUUACCACAAAGGUGUUGUCAUAGUAACGUGUCCAGGAUGUAAAAAUCACCACAUCAUCGCUGACAACCUCAAAUGGUUCUCUGACCUGGAAGGGAAAAGAAACAUUGAGGAAAUCCUCGCUGCUAAAGGAGAGACGGUGAAGAGGGUUGAAGGAAAUGCUGCUCUGGAGAUAGUACUAGAUGAAUCCAUCGAAGAGAAAUCUCAGCUUGGGGAAGACACAGAGAGAAAGAAUGAUGACAAAGAGAAACAAUAAUGUAAUCUGGAUACUGUGUUUAUAUUUAAUGCAAGAUAAUGUUUGGUUUGAUAAUAAAAUCAAUUCUUUUGUAUUUGA